UAUUUGAAGCUACGAUAAUAAUUUUCAUUAGAACACCACGUAUUAAAUAUUUCUAAAAUUGAUUUAUAUGUUUGCUCUUGUUUAGGCUAUAUAUUCACGAUGUGCUGUGGGAGGAUGUCGGAACUGCCAGUGUCCAUUCCUAGGAUAUGAUUACAAAGAUAUUUCUUUGAUAUCGAAGUUGAUAUCCGGUACCACAGAUGGCAAGCACAAAACGCAUGACUUCAUACACCUCAUAUCAAGUUUCUCACAAACCAAAGUUAUUUCGUCUACGUAUAUUUCUAAAAUUGAUUUAUAUGUUUGCUCUUGUUUAGGCUAUAUAUUCACGAUGUGCUGUGGGAAGAUGUCGGAACUGUCAUUGUCCAUUCAAAAGAUAUUUCUUUGAUAUCGAAGUUAAUAUCCGGUACCGCAGAUGGCAAGCACAAAACGCAUGACUUCAUACACCUCGUAUCAAGUUUCUCACAAACCAAAAUUAUUGUCGCGAUAUAAUGUCAAGUCAAGUCAAGUAAAGUCAAGUCAAUAUAAAACAUAUAGUUAUAGUUUUAUGAAAUCACAAGACGUACGUUGACAGAAGAAUUAACGCCAAGUGUUAUAAAUUUAAGCUGGAAUAAUGAACUUUACAACGGCCAUCCCAUUUAUCGACCCUUUCCCCUUUGAAACUUCCAACAUCGUGCUGCCAGAAUGUGUCCUUGGAAUUCUACUUAACUCCUUAUUACUCAUAGUGAUACUACAAAAACCAAUAAUAAAUAUCCGGCGAAGAGGUUGUCUUACCAUUAUCAGUCUAGCACUUGCUGAUCUCACGUCAAGCAUUGGAGGUAUGGGGUUAUGUUUUUAUACAAUCAAAGAACGCCAAGACCCUGCCAACCGCUGGCCAGUAAAAUCGUUGCUUUGCAUAGUGCACGUUGGCUUUUCAGCUUCGUUUCUGAUGCUGUUUCUGUUGAGCGUCGAAGUUUACAUCAUCACGAAGCGACCGCUGACAACACAUAUUAUUCUAACGAGGCGCAAGAUUCUUAUAGCAAUCGUUUCUUUAUGGCUUGUCUCGCUUGUGAUUGGUUCUUGCAACUUUUGGACUGAAGAUUAUCCAUUCCUUGCCCUCAGUAUCGUCCUGGUCCUGCUCGAGUUUUCAGUCAUGGCAGUUACAAUCUUUCGGAUCAUGGUCGUUUAUAACAUAAGACGAAAUAGACGCGAGGUCACGGACCUUAUGCCCAGCGGUUCAAAAAGUAACAAUUCCGGACUUACCGCUUCGUUUCUAAUACUCUUCUUCGUGUAUUUGGUAACUGCAUUUCCAUACCUCGUAGUAGAACAAGUUCAUUUCUUGUAUCAUCUAAAACCAGAGUGGAAUAUUAGUUUUGAUCACGCAGCGAUAUCCUACACAUUGGUGUUUGUUCACGUGAACUACUUCAUUAAUCCAAUCAUCUAUGCAUAUCGUAUGCCCCACUAUAGACAAGACCUCAUCUCUUUGUUUGUAUCGUGUUGUAAAACAAAAAGAAAAUCAAACGUACCAAACACACCAAGCUCAGACAAGAGAACGUUUGAAGUCUUUAACAUGAGCGCAGCGUUAAGAGCGAGCAAUGAAAACAACAGCAUAAACGUUUAAACACCCAUGGCUGAAUAUCAGUGAAGAACAAUUUGCAUCAUCAUGGUUUGUGCACGUCAAACGGUACAUUCAUUGGAGGGAUUUUGAUGUUUAGAUAAAAUAAAUUCUAUAUUACCCUCUCAGGAAAUGCUGCAUGUUAUUUCUUUCAUCGAGUUUUAUCUUAUAAAGAAAAACUUUCGUAGAUUCUAAAAAGGCCACGGCAAACAAAGACCCCUUAGAAGUGCUAGCAGUCAUUGUAAAACACUCAGCCUUCCUCAAUGAAGCGCAAUUCACCACAAGAGGCGUUACGGACAUAUACAAGUAGAAAUAAUUAAUGUUAAAAAGUGUUUGACAAAAUUAAUAUGCUACAAAAUUUUGUUUGGUUGCAUGGUGAUGAAAAAUAAUCAUACAUUGCCUUUUUUGAAUGAA